CAUCACUCUCUCACCUCUCACCUCUCACCUCUCAACGAUCCAUCUCUCUCUCUCUUGCGAUCUCAGGCAAGAAGUCGCCGCCGACGCCGAGUUCCGCCGAGGUGCAGAUUGGUGCACGAUGAAAACCCUAGUUUACAAGCGACUGAAGAAAAGGCAGAAGGUUGGUGAACCAUACUUAGACAUGUCGACUAUUGAUGAUGAUAUACUACUUGAGAUAUUUCUCAGACUAGCCGAUUUUAAAUGUAUAGUAGAGUGUGCCUUAGUCUGCAAACGCUGGUUCUCUGCCAUUGCAAAUUCUAAAGCAUAUUUUAGUCUCAAAUUCAAUCACUAUCACCGUCAAAAUAGGCUGAAUAACUCCCCCAACUCACUAUCAUCGUCACCAUCUCUUCCCUACACUCUACUAUUUAGAGGGUCUUAUAAGUGCAUAGGAGGACUACCACACUAUCGUUGUUUGAGGUGGAUUAUAUCUUCAUCUUCAUUUGAAUUUUUCUCUGAAAGAUCAAAGAUUCUUGACUACGGAAAAAAAAUGGCAUUAGAGUUCUUGAAUUGGGUGGAUUACAAGGACUAUGCUUAUGUAUGGUCUUCGUUUGAGGAUUUGUUGUUGAUAGAACGUUCUCCCAAACAAUUGUACAUCUGCAAUCCUCUUUCAAGGCAGUCUGUUGCUCUUCCUGAACCACCAAAUGCCUUCCAUCAACUCUAUAGAUAUGCAUUAGUAGUAUUAGGUUAUGAUGAUAGUAACAUGAUCAAGUAUAAGGUGGUGAAAAUUAGUAGGACGGUGAAUGAUUUAGUGGAUGAUUUCAUAUAUAUUCCACCACCAUCACUAAUUCAUAUAGCCAUUUUUUGUUCAGUUACUAGACAAUGGAGUUGUUCGACUUUCAACUUUCCAAUUGAUUUGAAUAUAUGUCAUCAUCACGCAAUUGUUGGAAGCAAUGGGAUUGUAUACUGGCCAUACGGUUCUUGGAAAUUUAAAGGCAUUGCUGCAUUGAAUCCUCAUUCGAAACAAUGUCGUUUGAUUGGUUUGCCUCCGGAGUUUGGUCGUGGCUGGGGUUGUAAGCUCUCCAGAGCACGUGUUGGAGUGGUUCGAGGGAGGUUGCGGCUAGCGCAAUUGUUUUGGUGCAAAAAGAAGCAGUCCUAUGUUUUCAAAGCAUGGGAAUUGGUUGAUGAGGAUGGUCAGUUGUGUAGUUGGAAUGUGGUGCAUCAUCAUGAUCAAAUGAUGAUGGGGUUGGAAUGUGGUGUGAAGACCUCGUUGCUUACUAUACUCGCUCUCCAUCCAGAUGAUGGAGAUGUGUUCUUCUUUUCAAGCUCAAGUUGUAAUCUUGGGUCAGAUGAUAUUGAGGUUUUCCAAUGUAGACUGCUUGGUCAGAAUCACAAUCACAUUGAAUCUCUUUGCCAUCUUCCACCUAAAUCAUUUCCCAAUGCAAGUGUUGUGCCUCUUGUGCAUCCUUGGUGGCCUAAUCAAAUUCCUCUUUGUCACCCAUCUAAUGUUUAGAUAAUUACAUCUUUGUCACAUUAUUUGUCAUUGUUUCUCACAUCAUCCAAGACUAUCAUCAUUGUUAUCUUAUCAGAUGAAUACAUAAUACAUAUUGGAAUUACAUUCGGAUUAAUUGAAAUGUUUUUUUUUUCAUUUUCAAAAGCCAAGUUGGCAAGUUGUAAUUAUUCACCGUUUUCUUUCAGUAACCUUUUGUUUUAGGCAAUAUAUAAUUUCACUUUCUAUUAUUA